UGACUGACCUUACAGUCGUUACUUUCUGAUUGAAGGGACCGAUAGUGUAUCACAACCCAGAUUGACUGCAGUUGACCAAUCAUGGGCUGGCAGAGGUGGGAUUUUUCCCCUCUUUUACUCCCCCUCCCGAAAAGAGAAUCCCGAAAAUGACAUCCAGACUGAGAGAAAAACAGUGAAAGCAAAGAGAGUGAGAAAUUGACACAGACCUGCGGAAGACGUGUUUUUUUUUUAAAAAAAAGCACAUCCUUUCUUGGGCACGUUGUAAAGUUUCAGUUCUUUUAAAUCGCCAGCAGUGAUGCUCUGCCUCAAGAAAUGAAGUUCGCAAGUGCAAAAACCUGAUAGAAAAAAAAAAACUAGCGCAAGAAAAUGCCUCUUUGAAAACGGGAGCUUCUCGCAGAGCACAUUUCCUGGGUUUGACAGCAUAGCAAAAGCGGAGACGCCGCUUGCUCGAUUCCUCUUUGCCCCCGACGACUUUUCUUCCCAGGAUCUCUGGUCUUGGACCUUUUCUUUUACCGACUCCGGUCCAACCGGGAAUCGAAAUGUGUGACUUCAUGCCAGCCUCGCAGCCCGCUGAAAAAAUCGGCAAAAUGAAAAAGUUACGAAGAACUUUGUCGGAGAGUUUCAACCGAAUAACAUUCAAGAAAGAUGACAGCAACUUUGAUGAGAUAUGUGUCACAAAGAUGUCUACACGAAACUGCCAGGGAAUGGACUCAGUCAUCAAACCCCUGGACACCAUCCCUGAGGACAAGAAGGUCAGAGUUCAAAGGACACAGAGCAGCUUUGACCCCUUUGAGAAGCCAACGAACCAGGUUAAGAGGGUCCAUUCUGAAAACAAUGCCUGCAUUAACUUUAAAGGCUCCUCAGCAGGAAAGGAAUCUCCCAAACUCCGGCGGCAUUCCAGUCCAAGCUCGCCAACGAGCCCAAAAUUUGGAAAAGCAGAUUCCUAUGAAAAGCUUGAGAAGCUGGGAGAAGGUUCAUAUGCCACAGUUUACAAGGGGAAGAGCAAGGUGAAUGGCAAGCUUGUUGCACUGAAAGUUAUCCGACUCCAAGAAGAAGAAGGCACUCCAUUUACAGCAAUCAGGGAAGCUUCGCUUUUGAAAGGUCUGAAACACACAAACAUAGUGCUGCUACAUGACAUCAUCCACACAAAAGAAACAUUAACACUUGUUUUUGAGUACGUGCACACGGAUCUGUGCCAGUACAUGGACAAGCACCCUGGGGGUCUUCAUCCAGACAAUGUGAAGUUAUUUUUAUUUCAGCUGCUUCGGGGUCUCUCCUACACCCACCAGAGGUACAUUCUGCACAGGGACUUGAAACCCCAGAACCUCCUGAUAAGUGACACUGGUGAACUGAAGCUGGCAGACUUUGGCCUGGCAAGAGCCAAGUCCGUCCCCAGCCACACGUACUCCAACGAGGUGGUGACUCUGUGGUACAGACCUCCAGAUGUGCUCCUGGGCUCCACAGACUACUCCACCUGUCUGGACAUGUGGGGAGUAGGAUGCAUCUUUGUAGAAAUGAUCCAAGGGGUUGCUGCAUUUCCAGGAAUGAAGGAUAUUCAGGAUCAACUUGAACGAAUAUUUUUGGUCCUGGGGACUCCAACAGAGGACACAUGGCCAGGGGUUCACUCCUUACCCCACUUCAAGCCAGAGCGGUUUACUCAAUACAGUCCUAAGAAACUUAGGCAAGCGUGGAAUAAACUGGGUUAUGUGAAUCACGCAGAGGAGCUAGCCUCCAGAUUUCUCCAGUGCUUCCCAAAGAACAGGCUGUCAGCACAGGCAGCCCUGAACCAUGAAUACUUCAGUGAUCUGCCUCCUCGGCUCUGGGAGUUACCUGACAUGUCUUCUAUCCUCACAGUCCCUCAUGUUAAACUGCAGCCUGAAACAGGAGACAGCAUCAGAGUGUGUGGAAAGACCAACAGCCAUGACAAAGGCUUGUCCAACAGUCGACACUGACAAGGCAGCUCUUCCCAGAACAGGGAAACAGAUCGGUACUGUCAACAGCCAAUGGAAGAAACCAAUGAAAUGUGGAAACAAGACCUGAAUGGGUUCUCCCAUUUUGUUUUUUGGUUAAAAGAAAACUUUAGGUGGCAUGAUUUCUUUAUUACCUGCUGUGUACCUACACCCGUGCUUUAUGAAGUUUGCCGUCAAAUUCCAGUGUGUGUAAUUCCAGUACACCUUAAAAUUCUAAUUGGCUGGUUGUAUAGUUUGCUUCCUUUUUAAAGGAAUGUACAGCUUCACAGCUUCACUGAAAAAAGAUGUCAUAGUGUAUAUCAACAUGCCUUUUUGUUAAGUCCACUUUUUAUGAGCAAGUGCAUUAAUGUAGUAAAAAGUAAUCAGUAAUGCUUUUACAUGAACCCACCCACUGUGACUAAAAAGCAUUACAUUUGCCAUUUUUUCUUUUUGUAAAGACCUCAUACUGGUCAUGUUGGGCUUAAUAAAUAUUUCUGAACGCACUGUACAAUAAGAUCAAGGCAAUAAUAAUUUAUUUUGUAUUUCAAUAGAAUUUUAGGAGUUAGUUCUUUGGGAAAACAGCAGCCAUGAUGAAAUCUGUCUGUCAUCCAUGGGUGUAAUAGACCCUUUAGAAGUAAUAUGAUGUUCUCAAACAGUGGUAUUUGUUUAAAUAUAAAAUAAAAUAAAAUUGUAGCACUUGGGUUUCUAUUUGCAAUAUUUGUAAAAUUUUGCUUUCAGUGUGUUCCAUAUAUAUGCACAUUUGAUGUGUGUAUAUGUAUACAGGUUUAUGGCAAUAUCAAAGCUUUAAUGUAUUGUACACGGAUAUGAUUACAUUUAGAAUUGUGGUGUUUCUAUAGGCAGAGAAAGAUCAUUUCCUUCUUUUUUCUCUGACACCUAAUCAGACAGGAAUCAUUAAAGCAUCAGUUCACCAUCAAUUCAGGAGAGGAACACCUGCUGUGUGCACACAAGAACAGAGCCUGACUUCAUCUGACUCUAGCUUCACUCGAGUGGCUCCAUAUCUAAAUUCACCAUUUCCAUUUACCCAUCUGCACUAGCAAUCGCGUUGUUGCACAGAAAAUUUAAAACAAGUAACUGAGAGGGCCAUCUCAUCUGAAGAAGAAAAUGUCAUUUUUUUGGUCUGUGCUAUGACGGAGGUAAGCUUUUAUAUUUUCAGCAUUUUUCUUAACAUAUAUUGCGGUCAGAAAACAAAGGCUGAUCAAAUGUUAUAAAUCUUCCUGUAGUUAGCAGUUAAGCCCAUCUGAAUCAAUAUAUUAUAUUGCUUGUAAAUUUAAAAUUGCCAGUACUAACAGAAAAAGGGAAAAUUUAUCCAAGUCUGUUGUCAGUUUAACUAAAAUUAAGCAACUGUACUGAAAGAGGAAGAUAAAAAUGUUAUCGUCCAAAUAGCUCAUUUUAAUUAAUAUAUAGGAUCUCUGAUACUUAUACAUUUCAAAGUGAUCCGUCUUUCAAUUUUUAUCAGAAGCAUUUUUAGAAGUGAUACAUACUGUAACCUCAAUCCUCUCCUCUUCUAAAGAGAGAAGUACUUUUGACACUGGUUUUCUUCUGCCUAAUACCUGCCCAUCUGGGUCUGACUCGCGGCUCUUAUUUCACAUUGAGAAGAGAACAGGCCUGACCCCAAACAGGAUGACCACUCAGAUUGUCGCCAAGCUCAGACAUACAGUAGCUAAGAGUGAGAAGAAAUGCACGCAUGUGCACCUGGAAGUAAAAGACACAUUGACCUGGCUGUAAUGUUGCACUUUUACAUGCAAUUACUGUCAAAUGGAAACUAGAUAGAAUUGUUUUUACAGAGUGAGAUGCAAAAUGUUCUGUAAGACACAAGACAUUGAGCAGCUUAUAGAAGUUCUCUCCCCGUGCAUUUCUGACCAGACUAGUAACCUGUAGUGCCAUUUCUCUCGCUCCAAUUCCUCAGUGUUUGGCAGCUGCCCGGCUCCUUGCAACAGCUCAGUCAUGUCGUCACAGAAGUUGCUUUACUGUGUUUUCAGUACCACAAAUUCAUCAUGCAUUUAUCCAGCAAGACCUAACUGCUGCUCCAAUAAAAUAGGCUGCUUGUUUGUGCAGUCCUACAGCUAAGUAGACAUCUUCCUUCUCUCUUAAAUCAAGGACCAUUGCAUUUGUAUUUAAAUUUAAUACAACACUUCCCUUAACUACACUAUUGUGUCUACAACAGACCUGUAAGAAAAGGUCAUCAGUUCUAAUUGACCUGUUUUUACUUCCAGAAAAUAGCUUCCACCAACUUCUCACAGCAGCAUUACUUUUCUAGAUGCUGUUUUUUUUUUCUAAAAAAUAUGGAAAUGCUUAAUGCCGUGUUAGUGCACCCAGCAGUGUCACGAAUCAGACUCUGCUCUGGGGCGUCUUUGCACAGAUGCAUUGUGACCCAGGACAGCUUCGGUCACGCCAGGUCAACUGCACUUCUUCAGAAAGCAGUGUGAAACGGCCCGCUGGCUUGCGUGACACCAGGUCGUGACCCAGGUAGGAGCUCAGGGGAGCUCAUCCUGGGCAGAGAACGCCAGUGUGAAAAGAGCUUUAGUCAUGGAGUUUACUCUCCAGGAACUCUCGGCAUGACCAGACUCUCAGAGCCAGACGCCCAGAUCCACACAACACACAUUCACACUCCCAUCUCUUCCACAGGGGGGGAAAUGCCUGUAAUAUACAGAUAUAGAUAUCUAUGCUGAAAUUAACUUGCAGGGGGGUUUGGUCUUCUUUUAAAUUGAAAAAUAAAAAUGGUUAUAAUCAUGCCACGUAUGUGAAAACACUUUUUUUCAGUAGGUGGAACCUUUGGGCUUUAUUUGUGGGCACAAUUGUCUUAUUAUCAUCAUCAGUAGUAGUAACAAUCAUAUCUAAUGAUUCUUAUUAUUUUAAUACAUAAUUGAUGUAUUAUAAUAGUGAUGAUAAUAAUGACAAGGACAAAUAAAGCUAGAGAAUCUUAUUUUCUCCAUUACAAAUGCACUUUCGAAUAUGUUUAACAUUCCAGUUUAAGAGUAGGUUACUUUGUGCCUCGGUUCUCUUUACUCAAUCUUAUUGUUGUGUGCACAAAAUGAUAAUGUGUGAUACUUUCAGGAAAGAUAUUUGAAACAGUUUGAUAUUUUGUAGUGCAGAAUAUACCAAAUACUUGAACUAAUUUCAUAGCAUUUUAAUGGCAUUCCAUUCUUGCAUAUAUUUAAUCAAACAUAGGAAAGAAGCCUGUAACUGUUUAAUUGACACAAUAUGAAGCUGUGUUAAUAAGGGAAACAGCUUUAAGAUGGGCCUAGGCUCUAAGGUUUUAAAGCAAUUUCUGGCAGUAUUAGCAGCUGAAUAAUUAUUUGAUAUAUUAGCAUGCUUUUUAAGUGUGUUGUAUCUCAUUCUGGUUAUAUUUGGUAGCAGCUAGACUGCCUGCGAGCACAGAAUUGUUUUUUCAAUGGCUCCUGCGUUGAUUCACUGAGCACUAAUGCGACUAUGAUUCUUUUGAACUUGAAUGUUUCCAAAUGUUUCCCUUUGUGAGGAAUGUGUGAUGAAGGAAAAACAAAAAAGGGAGUUUGAUUGCACAUUAGCACUCUGACAGUUAUAAUGAUACCAUCAAUUAUCAUGUAAUUAAUGACCAUUGCUUAAUCUCAGCAUAGGACAAUGUAGAAAAUAAGCAAGUUAAAAGAAACCAUUUUAAAAACAUCACUCCUGUGAUUCCCGGGUUUAUUAUAUUGGACACAUGUAAUGGAAUGUGCAGUCAGUAAUAUGUUAUUCUUGUAUACUUAUGUUCAUCUGUGAAUAUUUAAUCAUUUUGUAACCUUUGUUAUAAACUGUUUAGGCUGUAUAUUGUCAGGAGAAAGCCUCAUAAAAGUGUAAUAGUGAAGCUUAAAAUACAUUGCAUUUGGAGUCAUGAAUGUCCCCCAGCUCUCUAAAACAGGAGAGAGAAUUCAAAUAUAUUUUUGACCUUGUUAAUUAAAAUAGACCUGAACACUGGGAAAGGCAUUUUUCAUACACAUGCUUCCCUGCUGUGCUGAACACUGAACCUGCCAUUUAAAGUAAUAUUUAACAAAAAAAUCACUUGCAUUGUUCCUUUUUUUGUAUGAUGCACUGAAAAUGAAUGUUUGACAAGCAGAACAUAAGUAUAAAUGCAGUGCAAAAUUCAGUCACUUUAUAAACUCCCUAGAGCUUAGUAUGAUAGAAUCAAUGUUGCAUUAUUUGUUACAACCAAUAUGUAAUGUUAUUAUGAAGAUGUAAUGUCCUUCUGUAACUGUUGUUUAUUGUUACCUGAAAUAAAGUUUAUUAAUUCCUCAGA